AUGGGUCCUGGGACACGUGGUUCCGACAGUAACAAAGGCAAAAGCAAGAAAUGGCGCAAAAUACUACAAUUCCCACACAUAUCGCAGUGUAUACACCUCAAAGACAAAUUAGAUAUAAGCUAUGGUUACGUGAUAGACCAACAACCCAUCGGUCGCAUUUUGUUUCGCCAGUUUUGUGAAAGCAAGCGGCCAAUUUACUUUCGGUACAUUUCGUUCCUGGAUGAAGUGCAGCGAUAUGACGUGGAGUACGAUGAGAAUCGUAUUGCCAUUGCCGUCGAUAUUGGUCGACGCUUUUUGGCCAUUGAUACGCCCUCGGCAUUGAAUAAUGGCAUUUGCGAUAUAGGCGAUGUUAUACGUGCGGCCAAUGAGAAUGAUGAUGACGAUGCCAAUAUUACCAGUUCCACCAUUGAAAACAACACUGCAGCAGAGACUGAAAAUUGCAAUAAUACCACCGCCAAUAACAGCAGCACCAACAAUCACAAAAAAUACGAGCAUCACAAUGGUGACGAACACAACGGCAACGAUCACACACAGCAGCAGCAGCAACAGCAAAAGCAACAGCUGAAUGAUAGCAGCGCAACGCAAUGCAAUGAUGCCGGUGGUUCCGGUGGUGGCGAUAGUGGCGUGGAUGCGGGCGAUACUGUGGGUGGUGGAAGUGGUGAAGGCAGUGGAGGUGGAGGCGGUGAUGAUACCGGCGGCGGCGGCGGUGGCGGUGGUAUUGGUAGUGUUACUAAAGAGAGCAAUUGUCUGUGUAGUCCGGGUGGUAAAAAGUUGAAUGCUACUGGCGACGAAUUGGUGCUGGAUGUGCUCAAUGAUGAUCUCAUUGCGCGAGUGCGAGACAAAAUUACCAGCGGCAAUAAGGAACUCUUCGAGCCGUGUGUGACGGCGGUGAAGGCCUUUCUGGCAGGCGAACCAUUUCGAGAAUUCGAGACUUCAAUGUAUUUCCAUCGAUAUUUGCAAUGGAAAUGGCUCGAGGCGCAACCCAUCACCUACAAAACGUUUCGCAUGUAUCGCGUACUGGGCAAAGGUGGUUUCGGCGAGGUCUGUGCAUGUCAGGUACGUGCCACUGGCAAAAUGUACGCUUGCAAAAAACUGGAAAAGAAGCGCAUAAAAAAGCGCAAGGGCGAAUCGAUGGUGCUUAUAGAGAAACAGAUUUUGCAGAAAAUUAAUUCCCGCUUCGUUGUUAAUUUGGCAUAUGCGUACGAGACCAAAGAUGCGCUCUGCCUUGUGCUAACGAUAAUGAAUGGCGGUGACUUAAAAUUCCACAUCUAUAAUAUGGGCGGAGAUCCGGGCUUCGAAAUGGUGCGCGCACGUUUCUAUGCUGCCGAAGUGGUGUGCGGGCUAGAGCAUCUACACCAACAGGGUAUUGUUUAUCGAGAUUGUAAACCAGAAAACAUAUUACUAGACGAUCAUGGGCAUGUGCGAAUAUCAGAUUUAGGUUUAGCCGUUGAAAUUCCGGAAGGUGAAAUGGUGCGCGGGCGUGUUGGUACAGUGGGAUACAUGGCUCCGGAAGUAAUUGACAAUGAAAAAUACUCAUUCUCACCGGACUGGUUCAGUUUCGGUUGUUUAUUGUACGAGAUGAUCGAAGGACAGGCGCCAUUCCGUAUGCGCAAAGAAAAGGUGAAACGUGAAGAGGUCGAUCGACGUGUGAAGGAGGAUCCCGAAAAGUAUUCUAGUAAAUUUAAUGAUGAGGCUAAAUCAUUAUGCCAACAAUUGCUCGCUAAAUCGAUAAAAGUACGACUGGGUUGUCGGAAUGGUCGCUAUGGUGCGCGUGAAGUGAAAUUACAUACUUUCUUUAAUUGUAUCAACUGGAAACGGCUGGAGGCAGGCAUGGUGAAGCCGCCAUUCGUGCCAGAUCCUCAUGCCGUCUACGCCAAGGAUGUGCUUGACAUUGAACAAUUCUCUACGGUCAAAGGGGUGAAUAUCGAUGAUUCCGAUACGAAUUUCUAUAGUAAAUUCAAUACUGGUUCCGUGUCGAUUUCGUGGCAAACCGAAAUGAUGGAAACGGAAUGCUUCCGCGAACUGAAUGUAUUCGGCGUCGAUGAUAGUCCAACGCCAGAUUUGUUGAUCAAUGCGCCGCCGGUGCCCGAAAAAGCUGGCUGUUUUCCAUUUAGAAGAAAGAAGAAGCAACCGCUGCGCACUCAACCUAUACCCAUUCCCGAACACUUACUAACCACUAGUCACAGCGUUUCCUCGACCACAGUUGAAAGCUGAUAGAAUAGAAAUAAGUAGAAUUAAUAAGUAAAUGCACGCAUGCGCAUCAGAUAAACAAAAAAACAAAAACAAAAGCAAAAACAGAAACAGAAAGCAAAGCAGUACAUUAUUGAAAAUGGUGCAGACAAACGCGCACACACACACACACACAAACAUAUACAAAGUUGCAUAUGGAUCAUUUUGCGCAUUUGGAUAUUUGCGACUUUGCUGUCAGCCCAUAAACUAUUAUACAUAAAUGCAUACAAAUAUAUGGCAUAAGUUAGCACACGCACACACACAAACGCACGAGCGAAUGCAGCAAACGACACACAAACAUUACUACAUACUUACACAUAUACAUACAUACAUAUAUUUUAUUAUGUUUUUAAGAGUAAGAAGACGCGUAGCACAACACAAACAACAACAAUAACAACAAAAACGAAUACACAAACAGCUAUGAAUUAUAAGAAUUAGAGAUUUAACAAAUUUUGAGAGAAAACAUUUCGAAAGUAUAUCUAAUUGUAGUUAUUUGUAUUUUGAUUGUAAUUUUUUUGUAUGGUGCAAAAACAAAAACAAAAAGAAAAGUUAAAAAGAUACAAAAAGAAAACUAUGAAAACUAUUAAUUAAUAAAUGCAUAGAGCAUAAAGGCAUAUUUGUAUAAUUACACACAUACACGUGUGUGCACAAUAAAAGCAGCGCAACGUAUUGCACGUAUUGAGCAUUUAUUUAUUUUUGUUCUGACUUUUUUUUAUUUUUUAUAAUUUUUUUCCUUUUUUAAAAAAAUUUAGUUCCUAAUACA